CAUGGGUGUUGUGGUUUUCUCAACCGACUCGAGCGCGAAAGUCUGAACUGCGAAGUUUUGACCCUCGAAACAGCUUUUUAUUGAUCCUCGAUUGUUUUAGUCCGACGUGCAUGUGUAAGAGGCAGUGGAAAUGUGUUUUGUGAGCAGCGUCUGGCAACAGAUCGUCGAAUGAAUCUCUUGAUCUGAACUUAGCUCGAAUCAAGAUGGCGGCUGCAGCAAAGGUCUGUUUACAGUUUUGUAAGUUUUUCUGCUUUUACCUUUAACAGUUUAUCCUGUGCAUUGCAAAGUUCCGUUUUCUAAGGGAAUCAAAUUUUCGUGGCUGGAGACAAAUGAUCGUACGAAUCGAUCGAUCCGUAUUUGCAUAAGAUUUGUUCAGUGACACGUAAAGUAAAGGUACACUGUGUUCAGGAUUUUGCGUCACCGAUUUUUCGCUCGCGAUCGGUUACUUCAUGAUCAAAUACCUCUGAGCUAGUGAUCCUAACAGUCAGUGUUUUGGAUAAUUGGUUAGUUAUUCACAAGGCCACCAGUUCAGCUGCUGCCUGGUAACUCAUAUUGUAGGCUGAUUUGAAUAUUGUGUCAAUUGUUUUAUUCUUUUAGGCUGCUAGAAGAAAUACUACAGUGCACAUUGAUUUUUAUCUUCCAAAUGAUCCCUUCCAAGAUCCAUGCAUUGGAAGGUUGGUAGUCACUUAAACUUAAUAGUACUAUUUCUUUGAGAUAUUAAUUAUUUGAGUUAAUUUAAGUAAUAAAUGUCUGGCGAUGAAAAUCAGUGAUAGGAAAUCAUUUCAAAAACUGAUAGUUGACAGAUAAGUUACUACUACUUUGUGCUUCUUAUUUGAUGAGCAGGGAAGUCCAUUUUUUGUAUGCACCCCUACUGGAUGGAUUCUGAAACCCACAGGAGACUCAUGGGAGCUAAGGCCACUAAAAGCAGUAUGUGGGAUGUUUGUCACAUGAACCUACAAUCGGCGACAAAAUCGGUUGACACACUUCGCCCCAAAAAGGCAUUCUGAUGUUUUAAGGCGGAUUUAGAUGGUACAAUUUUUGCUUACUACUAGAAUGCAUCAUGACUUCACAACAGAUCGAGUCGUGUAAAUUAGACCCACGACAUUCAAACAACACAUUGUGGAUGUUGUAAGUGAAAAUUGUGGGCGUGUGGAUGGUUGAAAGUCUUGAAGUAUGCUAGUCGCGUACAGUGCUAUACUUGUAAGAAAAAAUCAAACUGUCUAAAUCGGCCUUUACUGACUUCAAAAGGGGAAAAUACAUGUAAAGCUUUCCCUCCCCCAUCUCCUCCAUGCAAUGUUGUGCCACUGUUUGAGUUACCUAUAGAAAACAACAAACACCCUAACUUUGAAUGGAGGGUAGGGAAGAGGGGUGUGGAUUCUUUUGUUCUUUGAAGUUACCGUAAAUCCUCUAUUUAGCCCCCCUCUCCAAUAAGCCCCCCCCUUUUUAGAGGAGGAAAGUUAAUAAGCCACCCCUCUCUAUUAAGCCCCCCCUCCCCCUCCCCCAAUCCGUAUUCUUCACAAAAAAAAUUGACGAUUAACGUUGACUGAUCAGUUAUGGUUUAUCCAGGCUGAAAGUUCAUAUUGUUUUUGGUCUUUGGCCGUAUGACCUCCAACUUCAUAGGCUUAACUUUCUCAACUUUGCGCUCUAGUUCUCUGCAGAGAACAUUUUUGAAGAAUAAGAAUUUUGUUUUUGUUACUUUUAGGCACCCACAAGUGAAAUAAAUACUUUUGACAGUGACUUUAAUUGUACAACGCGUAAGUCUACUCCGCUCAUACCACGGUAUUUUUGCUAUAGGUGAUGCGUUUUACUAAAUUAAAUAAGCCCCCCUCUCUUUUAAGCCCCUCCUCUCUAUUAAGCCCCCCCUCAAAAGUGCUUGAAAAAAAUAAGCCCCUCCGGGGGACUUAAUAGAGGAUUUACGGUACCCUAUUUGAGUACAAUGUCUCAACAAUAGACCAAUUCGGCUAACUCUAUGUUGUACCAAAUUCAAACCCUUUGGGGUUAAAACGUUUUGUUUCAGGAAUUUCCAUAUCAUUUAAAUGUGAAUGCCACAUUAUAUUGCAAAUACAAUACACAAAGAAUCUUAACCCUGGGAGAUUUGAAUUGGGUACAACAUUGAGUUAGCCAAAUAGGUCUAUUUUGUCGCUGAUUGUAGUUUAGUGGCCUUGGCUCCCUCAAGUCUCCUGUAGCUAAGUGGGAGAGCAUCUGGACUAUUAACCAGAAAGUCAUACAGUCAAACCUCCAUAUGCGACCACCUCUUGUAAGCAACCACCUCCCAUAAAUGACCACCAAUCCAAAACACUAAAAUUUUCCCAGUCAAAACCUUACAGUUAGAACCUCUAUUAAACAACCCCCUCCUGUAAGCGACUGCAACCACUUUUUGGGCCUGACAGUUAAUGAUUUUCCAUUGUUUUUAACCUCUUGUAAGCGACCACUUAACGCAUUCUCUGAUCUCUAUGUUCGCUGUGUGCACUAUUCUACUUAGAAGAUACAAAGAACUUUAGGGACAACAUGCCACUACACAUGUCAUAAUACAUUAUACAUUGCAAGCAAUAAAUUAUCUUGCAUAAAGUAGAUGUGCCAGGACCUCUUCGCGUAAGAGGCCCCCUGUGGCUCGAUUCUUGUAAGCAACCACCUCCUGUAAGCGACCACUCAGUGUUUGCAUUUUGGGUGGUCGCUUACGGGAGGUUUGACUGUACUAGGUUCAACUCCUGUUGGGGGUACUCGGAUUUCUUCUUCCAAGCUGCCUGUGUACAUCUCUAUCAGUGAUUUUGUUACAAAUAGUCAUGGUGAGUCCUGGGACUCAUCUUGUGAAAAUUCAUGAGUCCCAGUUCACAACCAUGGAGUCCCAAUUCAAAAACAUGGGUCCCUGGGUAUUUAUAUAUGUAACCACACAGUAAGUUAAUCUUAAGACAGGUUCCAAAUAUCCUCUUUCUAUUGUCAAGAAAAACAAAGAAAAAAUGAAAUAUGUGUUGUUACACAACAGCCAUAAGAAAACAGCCACAGAAAUCAUGCAAACAGGAGAUUCUUCAGAAACAUCUUCAGAUCGAUCAAUGAUCUAUGUUUGCGUCUUACAGGACGCAUACCACAAAUUAUUUUGCGUCUUUGGAGAUUUUUAUGUGUCGGAGACGCAGGACGCAGAGGUAACAAAAUCACUGCUCUAUCAAAUCAUUUAAUUUUUUCAACUGGUCAAAAGUCUGGGCAAAAGAAAACACAGAUCAGAAUUCAUGUCACACAACUUGCCCUUGACCAGAAGAGUGGAAGUACUUUGAUUUCAGUAGCCUCUCAUGCAGACUUUCCUCGGGCUUUGUCCAAUGCUCCUUCAUAGUGUAUUAAGAAAAUGAAAUAAUUCUUGACUGAUUAAUGUUUCUUGCCGCAUUGAUUACAGGCGUACUGGUGUUCCCUUAAACAUUGAUGCCCGAAAAGACUCCUUUGGAUUUGAUAACAUAGAUGAUUACUUCCCUGACUCAGGUAUAUGUUGUUCUUACAAAAAUAAAAGUGCUGUUACAACUGUCACUCAUCAGACCAUGUGUGCCAUAAAAAAUGUUCGUGUCCAGCGAAAUCCUCCCUUCAGUCAGGCAUGAUGACUAUAUGGGCAGGGUUUUCAAUGAGUGCCGGUGGCCAGCAAAAUUCACCGGCUAUUUCAUGUGAGCUCACCACCUACUUUUACCCAAGCAUUACAAAAUAUUCAUGUGCUGUCAAAAAAAUUUAAUGAUGUCUGUGUUUUGUUCAAACACUCUAAUUUUUGCUCCAGAAUGCUGGAAAUGCAUUCUAAGAGGCCUAGAUUUCAAAAUUUUUCCAGAAGCUUGCACCUUUAGUGCUCGCAUUUAUCACGUCUUUGCCGCACAUUUUUUCCUUCUCCACCUAUUCCAAAGAUUUUGCCACCUACUUAAUCUUAGUGAAAACCCUGUACAGGUUACCAAGGACUGCAAUUUUGAAGCUUAAGAUUUAUUGAUUAUUGCAUGUUAUUGAAAGAAAUUGAAAGUUAAUCAGUGUAAUGUAUGUCCCUCAAAUCACUAUUUGUCUUGUUUCUAUAAUAAUAAUGGUUGGACGGUGAUUAAUUUUUUAAACAUAUUUAUACUCCUGGGCCCAGUUGUUCUAAGGCCGAUUAGUGCUUAACCCGGGAUUAAACUUAACCCAACCUUGGUUUCUUUUUCUUGUGUUCAAAAGCAUUUUCUCGGAUGAGUUUCUCUGUUAAUUUUAGAGAUUCCAAUCAUCAACUUGUAGACAAAAAGAAUUAAACUGAAUUUACUUUUUAAGCUUUCAAUUCUGAAUUCAAAUUUAGCACUAACUACAGGUUAUCUUAACCCAGCUUUGAACAACCCGGCCCUGGAGAAAGUUUCCCCUCUAGAUUAUUUUCGUACUUUACUUGCAACUAUUUAGAUAAAGAUAAACAAUUUCAAAUGUUGGUCAUGACCCUGAGACCAUUGCAUAAUCUGGUCCAGAAAUGUGUAAAAAAACAAUGCUAUAAUUAUUUUUUGAUAGGUAGCAGACUUAAUCUUAUUUUGUAUUCUUUCAUUCCAGCUUUAUAUUUCAGGUCAGGACUCAGAGUGCAAAGAAAAUCAUUUUUACAGCUUACCAUUCGGGCAAGCUGAAGCUAGCAUUUACUAGCCCAAACAUCAUUUCAACUAACCCUAAAAGCUUUUUGACUAGCAGAAUUGAUUUCACAGUUCUUCUUUUAUUCGAAUUGCUCAAAAAACAUCACUUGCCCCUCAGGCAAGUUAAAAACAAAAAAAACACUAGCCCGAUAGCAAAAUCCACUAACCCCAGGCUAUCGGACACUACUUUCUUUGCACGCUGAGACUACUUAAUUUAUUUUGUGAUCUUAAGUGAGACCUACCAAAUGUUAUGGCAAAUGACUAGUAAUUGGUCUCAACCUAAUUUAAUUGAUGAAAAACUUAAAAGUAUAACUGCAUAAGUUUAUAUCUGUUGUUUCUUCCUUAACUCUUUGCUUUUUCACCUGUAUAGAUCCAGAAGAGGAAAAUAUUGUUCCCAAUGCACAAAGUUCAGAUAAAGAUUUUGUUGGAAGGUGUGUAGAUUCAAACUAGAUAUUUUGUCAUACAAGAUAGUACUCAUUAAAACAUACAUUUUUUAACUUUCUGUUACUUUCCUGUCAGUAAUAAUUUUGAUAUAAAACAGCUGCAUAUUCAACAUUGACAACUGCUGAUGAUUUGUACUGUACUUGUCUUCAACAGGAGAACUGGAAAAAUACUCAGCAUAAACCCAAGAAAAGAUUCCAAGGGAUUUGACAAUGUUGAGGAUUACUUUCCUGAAUCAGGUUGGAAAAACAGAAGUUUCAAUUUAAAAAACUAACAUUUUAAAUGAUAAAUUUUCAUCCUCAGCCUCAUUUCCACACAGGGCUUUUGCCGUUGUUUUUUAAAAUACCCCACAAAAUGCCUCCGUGUGGGUUGCAAAAGUGGCAACAUUGUUUUUCUUGUUCUUUUAGGUCCCCUGAACAUAACUAGCCUAGUUGCUUGCUUUCUUCAUGAAAUGACCACGGGAGUACAUAUGCUCCCGGACAACUUUGGAAUUCUAUCAAAUAAAAGUGGUUAAAAAAAGACUCAUGUUGUGGAGAAGAGAGUGUUUUGAAUUUCCAGUGUGAUAUAUUUGUGAAACACACUGCCUAAAAGUCAACGUGUACAUUUUGAGCUUAAGGUGCAAUUUAUUAUGAUAAAAAGAUUUGACAUUCACAAUCUUCUGUGAACCUCAAGGUGGUGAUAAAUCAAAGGAAUUGUCUCCGGCAGAAGUUCAGUCAGGCAACACAGAAACAGACGACAGACCAACUGAAGUUGGCUUGUCAGAGAAGACAAAUUCUGAAGGUACCUUUGAUAAUACUGAAGAGGAGGAAACAGCAGCUACUCCUACCAUAACUGGUGAAUCUCCAAAUGAGACUGGAACUGUUAUUAAAAAUGCUGCAUCCUCUGAACCAACUCCAGAGGUUAGAGGACCAGUCAGCAAGAGGUAGGAACCGUCAUUUAGGAUGUGAACAAUGUGAAUUUAGAUAGCAAGGCUGUCAAUACUACAUGUACAUUAGUUUCCUACACAAUCGUUCUAAGGGGUUUGUCAGGGGUUCUUCGGAAGGAUUGUGUGACAAGCCAAAAGAACUCAGGGUGUGGGUUACUAAAAGAUGAGAGCUGUGAAUUCUCCCUCGCAAUUAUGAGCAUGAACCAGGGCUGCAGUAAAGUCCUGUCUGGUCACUCCAGAUGAAUGUAGUUUUUGUUGCUAGGCAAGCAAAUGACUUUGUAAAACAGAGUGGUCAUGAGAAUUACGGACAUUAUCACACAAGAAGAAUUUGUUUGAUAUUUUAUCAACUUCUCCCCACUAUUUCUGUAGGAAAUGAAUUGGGGCAACAAAUGAGAAUUCAAAUUUUGAUCUUAAGGUGUAAAGGGUUAAAGCUCACUUCCAGGCAAGUGUCCAGGAAAGUCAUCCUCCAACUGAAACAUAAGCUAAUACAAGCAAGUUGUUGCCCUGGGCAAGCAAACCAUGACUCAGAGCUGCUUUCCUAAAGGACAGCCCAGUGGAAUUCAAGUUUUUGUUUAGCGCUGAUGAUCGACCCCCAUGUACUUUCAUGUUAAACUCAUCACAUAAAGAUGAGCUUGGGAGGGGGUGCCACAGGCCAUUAAUGAAAGUAAAACCAAUAAAGAAAUUGACAAAUUUAAACACAACAUAUGUAUCACAUCUUUGUCUGCAGAUUGUCAUUUUCACAUGGGGAAUUGCUAAGUGAAUCAGAGUCCAACGAGCCAAAGUCUGCCAGGUUUGUUUUCACAUUGAGUGAACUAUUUCAUUAUAAUACUGACUGUCAAUUUCAGCGUUCACACUUGGUGCCUGGUCACGGUGCCUGAGUGUGGUAGUCGCUGGGCACCAAUGUGAACACACCAUUUUUUCAAGUACCCACCCUAGAAUUCAGGCAGGGUGCCAGUGCCCGCUCAGGCACAAAAGUGGGCACCUGGUUCCUGUGUGCACACAAUGUUUGUAAGUUCUGGGUAGUCCACUGCUUUUUUCUCUGUGCUAAGCUCAUGUUUCAAAAUGGUGUCUGACAGGGCGAAAUAGAGUAACUAUGUACACAGUCACAUAUUGGAUACUCAAAGUGUGAACACAACACCAUUUUGUGCUGGUGCCCAGGCACUGGUUCCCAAGCAGCAGGUGCGGACAGCCCCUUAUUUCCGUUAAUAAGCACCCAAGCACCAAGAAUGGGCACUUAUUCAAAGGAUCAUUCUUGUUAGUGCAGUUCUGUUUUAAAGUUUGGAUUUGAAGUUUUGUGAACAUUAUAAUAAUGCUUUGACACAAGUUGCUUGUCACCCCUUUAAUGAUAAGUAGAGGAAAUUAUGCCUGGAUGAAAGGCACUCUUUUCCCCCUUGAAGCACUUUCUGGGCUUGAUGAGACUACCUGCUGGCGAGGUGAUGAAAGACAUUAAUAGAGACCUUUACAUUCUAAGACGAGGACGACUACGAAAACGAGAUUUCUUCAAAUUACUAAGUAGUGCGCGUGAACCAGUGCCAUUUUGGCGGGAAAACGCGAUUGCCGUCGCCAUUCUACUACGAGUUUUAGCGAGAAUUUCGUAAUGGCGAAAACGAGUUAUCAAAUGUUAGAAGUUUUAUUAUUUUGCAAUAGGGAGAGCUGUUAACCUCCUUCAAUAAGAGUAACCGUGUAACUUUUCUGGUGUGAAAAAAAAGUGAAAUAAAGCUUUCCGUGAUGUCUAUUUAUUGAGAAUACUCGAGAAAAAAAAAUUUAAGUCAAAUUUCCUCCUCGCAGUUGCCUUGUCGUCGAAUCUAAUCUGGUGUAUUUUUCAGUUUGUAAGUGUUUUGUUCUCUUUGUCUUCAUAUUAGAAGAGGACUGCAUGAUGUAAACUGCACGGCGGUUAAGAAUGGAAAGACAGGGAACAGUGAUUCUGAAAAUGAUGCUGUUGACGUCGAGAUUGAAUCACCGUCAGCUGUAGUUUCUAAUGACCACCCUCAAACCGCUACCAAACCCAAAGAAAAGACUAAAAAUAGCAGAGCAACAAAAGCCAAACAAAACCAAAAACAACAGGAUACGUCUGAUGAUGAUGAAGAAGUCAUUGAUGUGGAGGGAAUUGAGGAAGAUGAGACAUUUCUCACUAUUGGAAACACAACGCAAAAUUUAAAGAGUACCGUGGUAGAUGAGUCUCCCGUUGCUGCCGAAGCGGAGAGUUUUGUUAUGAGUGAGAGUUUUGUUCUGGAAGGGACAAAACACAAGACAAUGUCGCCAGAGUUUGGAUCCUGCUCAGACAGUCAACCAGAUGUGAAUGAUGCUCAGGCACCAAAGGUUAAGAAAUCAAGGAUUCCAGUGAGAAAGAAGGGAGUAAGUGUUAAUAUCAAACAGAGAGCUCCGAGAGGAAAGCAGAAGAAAGUGCAGGGGCAACAGAAUGGUCCACACGGCAUAAAGAAUGGUGGUGAUGUAGCAGAUGGAAGGUCGUCAAAUGACAAUAAAAACCAAAGCAAGUCAUCAAGGGGAAGGAAACAAGAAGCUAAGCAAAAUGCUGCAAGGGGAAGGCAGAAAAAGGUGGAAGAGUCGACAAUUGAAGGACACGAGGAUAAUGGAGAAGUGUGCAUUGAUAAUGUUGAAGUUGACAACGCGGGUGACGUUGAUGAAGGAACGGAGUUAUUUAGUUCUAGGGCAGGGCAAAGUAGAGUAACGAGAGGACGAAAGAACAAUGUUGAAAGCUCGAAGGUUGCGGAAACUGAGGCUUUGGAGGUUGAUAAUGAUGGUGUUGCGAAGAAAGGAAAACGGCGAGCCAAGAGUAUGCCUGGUACCAAGGUACAAACACAGAAGCUGUCAAAAAGUUCGAAGAACAAUGGUAGAUCCAGCGCUGUUUUCUCUGAUGAAGGGCUUCAUGACAAAGAGGAGCAGAAACGAGGGAAAGGGAGGAGAAGUGUCCCAAACAUCAGGCAACAGCAAAAAGAGCCUGUGAAAGGAAGGAAGGAAAAGACAGAUGAAAAAGUAGAAGUCCGUGAAGAUAAAAGCGGUGAUGUGGGUGCCGACAAUCACGACAGACCUGCGGAGCUGAAAACAGGAAAGCAAAGAAAGAAUGUCGCAAAAGGAAGUGAAUCAGAUGAACAAGUUGAACUGAGUGGACGAAAGACCAGAGCGCAAAGGAGAAAAGAGGCUGAUAACAAACUCCAAGGGAAAGAUGGCGAUGGGGAAGGAGAUGAAGAAGGUGGUGUUGACGAUGUUAUAGACGACGAGAACGCGGGGUCUAAUAACACAGGAUACGAAAAAGUUGGUCAAGAGAAGACCAGAGCGCAAAGGAAGAAAACGGAGGAUGCCUUAAUCGACAGAAAAGGUGGAAACGGGGGAAAAGAAGGCGUUGGAGGUGGUUCAAGACUGGAAGAUGAAGAAGAAAAAGUAAACAUGCCUUCGGUAGGCAAAAGAGACGGGAAAGCGGGAGCAAGUAAAAGAAAGACCAGGGCUUCGAGGAAAAGGCAAGCAAAUACUGAAAGAAGGGAUGACAACCAAGAUGAAGAAGAAGGCAAUAUUGCCGAUUCCGCUGUAGUUCCCAACGUUGAAGAUCAGGAAGAUAAUGGAGUCUUGGAAUCGGAAGACACAGGACAAGAAGAUGAGCUUUACGCGACAGGUGAUGCGAUGGCGAACAAUAGCAGGGUUAUGGCAUUGGAUACUGUCGAUGAGUUGGACGAAGAUCAGUCCUCCUCUGAGAAGGCUGAACAGGAAACAAGAAGUGGUAGUACCAUUGUUUCAAACAAUGCCUCAUCCAGCUUAGAAUCCAGGAAAAAGGACAACAGUGGCACGGGAAGAAGACGGCGGAAGCCCUCUGUAUUACCACCAUAUGAGGUAAAACGAAGAGCAAAUAAAGUGAACAGCUCAAAAGCUUCUGUGUCGGCGAGUAGUCCCGAAAGUACUACUGAAUCUGAGCAGGGAACAUACGCCAAAAAACCUAGAUUAGAGGAAGUAUUAACUGAGAAAGAACCUGCGUUGAAUUCUGGGAAACGUAGCGCAAAAACUUGGGUUGCAGUGAAUUCGAGGAAAAGUGGUGGAGGCGCUCAGUCUGGCGGCAACUCUAAGGGAGGAAAAAAAUCAGUGGCACAAAAAAACAGCGCCAAGAGUUCCAAGGAUGGUCACGAGAAAUCACUGCAGAAUGCCGAUGAAAACGAAGGCUAUGACGAAGGUGAUGUAGAUUAUUCAGUGAGCGAAGAUGGUGGAGUUGAAGGCAGGACUUUUGAAGAAAUUCCAUCUGAGGAUACGACCCCAAGACCACUUUCCGCGCUUGGUAAACCAGCCACUGAAUUGAAGUCGAUUCUUAAGUCUGGUGGUCGUGUGGUGCGAACACAUGCAGGUAUUGUUUAUAAGUAUGAAUGAUUAUUUUGGACAUCUGAUCUUGCUCAGAUUGAGAUCUUUGAAAAAGCACCUGGCAUAGCUAUUAGUUAAGAGCAGUAACAUUUUCAUUGCCUACCACACCAUAGGAUUUCAUCCACAGACUCAGAAGUUAGAGUCACCUUUUAUGGCGUGAUAAACAGUACCACAGGAAAGUACUGCUCAGUAGCUUUCAUUUGAAUGGUCACACUUCAGGAUUUCAUCCACAGACUCAAAAGUUAGAAUCACCUAGUACAAUAUAAUAAACAGAACCAAAGGAAAGUACUGUUCAGUGGCCAUCAUUGGUAUGGUCACACCAUGGAUUUCAUACACAGACUCAAAAAGUUAGAAUUACCUUAAAGCGUGAUAAACAAUACCACAGGAAAGUGCUGCUCAGUAGCUUUAAUUUAAAUGCUCCAACUCUGGUAUUUCAUCCUCAGGCUCAAAAGUGGUAUCUACAUCAUGUCCCAUUACUUACUCUAAUAGUAAGUGGAAGGCCUAAAACUUUCGCCCACCCACCCCUCCCUUGAGCCAACAUUUUGCCGUAAGUCAGCAGUGUGUGUUAAUGUUGUUGUAGGGGAGGGGUACGUGGGUAGUUUCCGAGAAACUUGCGUCGAUCCCUUCUUUCUUUCAACAGCGUCCAGGAAGAGACAAAUGAACACAGACAAAACUCACUCGGAUGGAAAUGACGCUGAUGACGAGAGCGCGUUACCAGCGAAACAACCCAACAGGAACCGCCUUUCAACGGUCAGCUUUGCCUCUGCGCCAUUCGUCGCACCUUCGCCCCAAGACCCUUCCGUGUCUGAAACCUCCAAGUGUUCCCCUCUGCCUGGACUAUCGUUCGUUUCCAAAAACAGCAGUUUCAGGUCAACAGACAGGACAUUCACUCCUGGGAGCACGAAGACCAUAAGGUCGUCCGUUGGAUCUGCUAGUGGUGCGUCUAGCACUGGUGAUUCAGUCAUCGAUCCUGAUGAAGAGGUUACUUUCGCUAAUGACGCUGAGCACCAUAAAGGUGAGUUGUGUUCUUCUGAUUUUCAUUAUUCUGACUUCUAAAAUUCUGUCUUCAAGUGAAGUCAGUGCUGUUUGGUAAAUCUACUACUUGACGAUACGUAAACUACUUCAAAGUCGCUGUUAUGUAGACAACUGCUAACUUAGACUUGCUCACAAGUCGAGCUUUUGAGCGCGUAGCGCGACUGUGAGCGCGAAGCGCGAUCGUACGAGCGCGGAGCGCGAGCGAGCGAAAGCUCGGGUCCUACCACACCAGACCAGAAAACCAAGCGAACGACUUUGAGAAAGUCUACUGCUAACUGAACUCUACUUAUUUUCUCGUAAUGUUCACUUUUAAACCCCAGUGUUACAUUUUAUUUCUGUUCAGUUUAUUCCUAUCUAGAGAGGAAAUAGACAGUUUCUUUUUUCCCUAAUCCUGCCCUAUCUUUUUCAUUAACUUCAAUACGAUCAAUUAACGUUUUCUAUUAAGUAUGUAUAGUAUAAAUAAAAGUAUUAUUAUAAUAUGCCAUGUAUACUGUUAAAAAAACGAGCAGGAGUUAAACUCGAGAUUUUAAACCUGAUAAUAACGACUGCGAGUUUUUUGAACGGCUUCAAAAUUUCUUAUGUAGAUCCACUCAUUCUUGCACUAAUAUGUCGAUUUGGGGUUACUUUCGUCUAAAAAAUUGGACAAAAAUGGAUAUUUUACAUGUGAUGCAAUUCGAGGAGCAGUCUUCUCGUUGUCAAAAAUGGCGAAAGCUCUUUGCAGAGAAUGAUUUGUAUGGAAAUUUUGCUUGAUUCUUUUGGUUUUUUGAUUUAGACGUGUCAGAUGAACAAAGCACAAGAAGAAGUAAGCGAACUAUUGUGCCGCCAUUACAGUACUGGAAGAAUGAGAGAAUAGAUUAUGAGCGACGAAAGUCAGGUAGAGUAGAUGGGAAUGAUUUUUAUCCUUCUUUGCCAUCGACUCUUUUUUUCUUUCCUCUUUUCUCACCUUUUCUUCUCCUUUUUAUGUCAAUUUUGCCUCCAGCAGCAAUGAUAGUUCAGUACCAACAAUGUCACAAGUCAGUAAGUUUGUCACAAUCACAGUUCUUCCACCACUCUACAGUUGAUUGCGCUCAUAUCAAAAGACUCAACUACACCAUGCGUAUUCUAGACUCCAACUGGCAUGAAUUCUAGGGCUGGGCAAGACCUUAGGAACACUUGAUGUAUCUAAGAGAAAUUGAUUGGGAUGUAAUUGGAGUUAGUCUUUGAGGUUACAGUUUCCAUGGAAACUAGAACACUGGGGUCCUGUUGUUUUAAUUCGAAUCGGAUCUUGUUUCUCGGACAGAAACUGUUCUCAACAUUUAUAUUUAGGAGUCUAUCUUCUACGAAAGCCAGAACUUUUUCUUAUCUUAUCUAUUCUAGUGAAGGGUAUUUAUGGUCAUUCACAACAUGGUGUGUUACUCGCUUCUAGUGGGUGGUAGUGUGUGAUUUUGUCACACGAGAAGGCACAAAUCAAACCGUCAAGGCCUAAUGUUGUUGCUGUACUUUCUUUUGUCAGGGGGUUGGUGCAUAAAAAAAGUCAUAAGAAACCCAACUCCUACACCAAAGCCAAGAAGAAAAACAAAACAGACCAAAAAACGUGUCGAAAAGAAGCCAAAGUCAGGUAUCUCUUUUGAACUUGUACUUUUAAAAUGAUUGACGUUCCAGGGGCAUAAUCGUUUUAGUUUAGAAUGAACUGGAAAAUAUGAACUGCGGAAAUACAAAUUUAAAUGCAGAUAUUACCAUUGCAGUUGUAAUCGCCAUUUAAGCGAUUACGAAUUAAGCCCGAAAAAAACCUUAGGGCUUCAAUGGGAUUCGAGACCAUAACGUCGGCGGUAGAGCUGCAGUGCUCAACCUACUGUGCUAUACCCAUACAUUGGGAGCAGGUCAAGUUUUUGAGUUUACUGCUCGUCUGUUUCACUUUUUUUAGUAAACGCUAUGGAAUCCUCGGAAGAAGAGCUUGAUAAUGUAAGUAUUUGAUGAAGGGUUUUUCAAGUAAGCUUCUUAAAACGCAAAACAAAGAAAAAAGUCUAGCCAAUCACUCGUUUUGUUGUGACGUUUCAAAAGCGUACGCUUAAGACACUAGUAAAGGCAGAGCUGCAAAUGUUUUUUUGUUCAAUCAGGAGAGCCUUGUUAAGUUAUCACUUUGGUCGAACUCAGUUAAGGAUCCAUUGCGUAUCCACGAAUAGUCCUUGGUAUUACCUUUGUGUGGACAUCAUGUCCGGCCACAAAACAUUGUCCAGGUUUCGUACAGGUCAUGGAAAACCUGGAAAGUCGUGGAAUUUAAGAAUUUCAUUUUCCAGGCCUGGAAAGUCAUGGAAUUCAAUCUUCAGUCAUGGAAGGUCAUGGAAAAUUAAAGUUUUGUUUGAUAGAUUAGUGACAGCUAAACCGAAGGUCGGGGAAAACUUGAAAAGGCCAUGGAAUAUGAAGAUGAACGACUGUUUGCAGCUCUUUAAUGGUAAAACGUAUAUUAGUCAGUAGCCGAUUGAUAUCUAGUCUGCUACACAGCCGUUUUUAGUGUCGUCACGCAACUCUGGGGAGGAGGGUUGCGUGACGACACUAAAAACGGCUGUGUAGCAGACUAAUUGAUAUCAUGAUAUGAAGUGUUUUAUUUUAGUCUUACGUUUUGGCUUCAUUUUUGCGUAAGCUGUUGCUUUUUUUUCACGCCGCUUAAAAGCUUCCCACCGCCCCUCCAUUAUACGUCCACUUCAAACAGCAUAGUUUUAAAGCUGGAAUUUACAGUUGGAAUUUUUUGCUGCAGGAGGGCUUAGAAGGGUUUGAAGAAGUGACCAACCCUAAAGGAAUCGUUCUUAACCCCGAAACCAGCGAAGAUGUCGAUAUGGGUGAGUGAAGAACGUCACAUUUUGGGCACCUCACUAUUUUGCCAUUGUUGAUUGUGCUUUUCUUUCCACAUCUCUAUAAAUUGUUAUCAUAACUAGUCAUGAUAGUAUUGAUUCCAACUGAAUCAACUUUGAGUUCGUGUGCAUCCCAGAUUGUCUUUUCAUUUUUCCAAAGAAGCGCAGGGCGAUUAACCACGACGUUUUCCUUCCAGACAUUUUUCAUGUUCCAGGCAUGUUAAACUUCUCGAAUCCUGCGGGUAAACCCGCGCAGGAUGAUGACCCGCUUCUCGUUCACAAGUUCAUUUCGCAGCCACUCUUUGGGGGUGGACAAGUGAUUUUGAGGCCUGGAGCCGAGAAAGGGAGACAGUUUGUUCGCAACGAUACAAUGGUGAGUUUUGUGUUAUUCAUCGUGAGCCGCAAAAUGUAGUGGUAGUUUUCGACGACUGUUUGCCACUCCUUUUUGCAAAACAGAUUUGAAUAAGCUAUUACUUAUUCUCAUUUUGAGCAAUUCGACGUAUGGGAAACAAACUACAGAAAUCAGGGGCCUUGCGAUAUGCAAUCGUUGGUAUGAGACUUCGCUGAAAACUGACUCCCCGUACUUUUUCGUGAUUAAUUCAACUCGACAUCGUAGCUAAAAAUUGGUAAAUUAGGAGAGGGGUCAGUGCGAAGGGUUUAAAUUUGUAAUUAAACUAUUCUGUUUUCUUGUAAUGGUAGAGCAUUUUCAAUUCAUUGUCAUAAAGACAAACAAGGUAUCUACUUUAGUCAAUGGCAAACACAGACAAUCAAAUGAACGAAUCAAUGGUCGACGAAAUAAAAUGCAGCCCACCAAAAGCGCGGGAAAACGCGUGUGACCAAGUAGUAAUUGAUUAUAUUUCUUCUUUCUGAUUGGCUAAAAACUGGCGCGAAAUUUUGUGCCAGUUAUAAACAUAAGAAAGGGUAUUUUAAAAAACGAAAGUAACUUUGACAUUCAAGACUACAUCGAGACAAGAGCCUCGAUUAAUUUCCGAUUAAGAACUCUGACUUGUAGUUUGUUUUAACUUUUUGAAGGUGUUUUACGUCAUAAAAGGCCGCAUCAUGGUCACAGUUCACCAGUCUUCUGUCGUUCUUGGUACUGGAUCGACCUUUUUUGUUCCUCAAGGUGAGUUUUAUUACUUUUUAUGAAUUUUAUACCUUCUAUGGGCUUACCCUACACUGGGUACAAUUUUUUUUCUCUCGCGUGCGACAUUUGCGGUGAGAUGCUGGUCGGCCUUACGGCCGACACAUCUUCGGUCAGAGCCGAGGCCACGGGUUGCAAAGCCACGAGAAAAUGAUAACCGCUUUUUUGAGGGAAUAAACCCGAUUUUUGCGCGUGUUUUUCACUAAUUAAGACUUGGCCGAAACGGGAAACUGCGUAAGAAAAGCCUCUGGCGCCAAGGGUUGACCUACAACACUGCUAUGUAUGUUUAUCUCAAGAGUGUGUGGCGCUGUCGUCAAAAGUGCCCGUUAAUUUAUUUUGCGAAAGCCAGAUUUUAAAGUCAAAAUCUUACCUACAAACCAGCUUAAUUGCUUCAUAGCAGAUUUCAAACACCUUUUCAUGGGUUCGUGGGCUCGAAAAAAAAUGUCCGACGCAGAGGUUAGCAAACCGUGGACUGCCGUUUUGGCCUCAUCAGGUCUUGUUUACACAGCAUAGGAAACCACCGGACUUGGGGUUUUCCUAAGCGUUUACUUUUCGCUACACUUUUGGACGCGCAACAGCUUCCCAUUUGUUUCCUUUGAACAUUCAUCUCUUUCGACAAGUUUCCUCCCCUUUGCUUGUGUGUUUUCGUUGGUCAAAAUCUACAUAUAUACGCGGAACGAGGAACUGUAAAGAUUUUUUUUCAUUAUGCGGCGACCAUUCUUAGUUAUCUUCUGUUUUGUUUUUCAGGGAAUUCGUAUAACAUCAAAAAUCUAAGGCAAACGGAAGCCAAACUUGCGUUUGUCCAAAUCAAGGGAUGAAGAUAAAGUCUUACAUGUGUCUUGAUUUGCAAGGAAGAAUUUUCCUUAAGAAAACGGUCAUCAAAACACAGGUUUUGUCAAGCCUUGCCUGUAACCGGGUAGACUCGUCAGAUACUGGUCUGUAGCUGUUCUAAGUUCUAUUCAAACAGAAUCAUCAAGUCACUGCCAACACUACAUUCCUUGCCAUACUUUUCCUGGUCUUAACUUUUUGUAGCCUUGAAUUGUAAAUAAACCAAAUAAGCUUGAAUAUUUGAUUUUUGAAGUAUAAAUUUUUUUAGAUUCCUGCCUGUUAAGAAAAUAGGCAUACUUUUCGUAUAUAGCUUUUAAAAGAAAUUUCGUCACUAACAUGCAGUGAUUAAAUUAAAAAUGCUGGAAAUUCUUCCAUGCAAUCUUCAGACGGACACCUCACUAGGACAGCCCAUGCCAACCUUGGAAUUAGCCCCCAUAGCUGGCGUUUGUUUUUGUGGGUGUUUGUUUUAUUUGUGUUUCGUGAAGUAAGAGAUACAGCCGUGCGAAAUCUGAGCCGAGUUCAAACGGGAAAACGAA